UACAUAUAUAGGUAUUUGCUGUGUAAAAAAUUACUAACACUUUAUUUAUGUAUUUAUGUGGGUUUUUGGUAUAUGCCUUGCAUUCAGUUGAAAAAGAUAAGACAGAGGCAGUAAAAACGCUCUUCUUUCAAUAUGUAUGUAUGUAUGUAGCGUUUUGCAACCAUAUUCACGUACACCUGUUGAGAUAAGAUUGCAGCGGGUAUUUUACAUCAGCGGUAGGUAAGAACUUAAUAAAAAGCUGUUUGUGAUAUCCUCUUCAGUUAAGUUUUGUCCAGCACCGCGUUUGUACAUAAAAUCGAUAUUAUUAAAAAAAGCUUACCGACAAGUGAUUAGCAUCAUCGUGCAUUCAAAUUUUGGUUAAAUUUAGAACAGUUGCAAAAACUCAUACGCCAUGUCAAAUUCGCAGCCCGGCUUUACACCUGCGCAAACCUACCAACCACCACCACCACAUAGCCAAACAGUGAUAAUUCAAGCAACGAGUUCAGCAGGUGUACCCGUCAGCAAUGAGCCGACGCGCAUCGUUUGUCCCUCGUGCCAUGCUCAAGUGUUGACCACUGUCAAGCAUCAGGCGACUACGAGAACGCACUGCUGGGCGCUGGUACUGUGUAUACUAUUUUGUUGGCCUUGCGUGUGUGUACCCUAUUGCAUGAAGUCCUGCCAAAAUGCAAAUCAUUAUUGUCCAAAUUGCAACGCUUUCAUUGGCACCUAUUCAAAUUAAUACGUAUUAAAUCAAAAGGAAGUAAAAAAUCCUAACGCACGCGCGUAACAAUUUUAUACUUAAUAGCUAAAGCGAUAAACGAAAAGCAGAACACUUUAGAUGAAAUAACGAACGGCUUCCAGGUGAAGUGUGAAACUUGAUCGAUUGAAUUACAAGGACGGGUCACCGUUAGAAAAAAAUACAAAAACACUUAUGUAUAUGCAUAAAUAUGUAAAUUUGUUUAUGUAGUGACUAUAAAACACUAUACAACCUACACACGAGCGCAAGCACUCAAAGCAAAUUUUACAUAUGCAUAGAGUACUCUGUAUAAUAAAAAAACGAUUUGUAUUCUAUGCUUAUAUGCUGUAGUAUUUGUAUAAGACAAUGUAAAGGAAAAUUUUUACUUUAUAAAGAUUAAUAAGUUUACUUUGUUAACGAUAAAAAAGCAUUUAACGAUAAAUAUAUGAUAUACUUGUGAUAAACGAAGCCAAAACCUUAUAAUAACUGUUUUUCUUUUGCAUUUUUUUCAUUCAUAAAAUAAAAUUAAA